AUGACCUUCUCAAAACAAAUCCUUCUCCUUCUCUCCAUCUUCUUCUUCUUGCCUCUCCUAAAUGCCUCAGACCCAAAACCUUGCUACACCUCUUCAUGUGUACACGGAAACUUCGAUGGGAAGAUCCACGUUCGUUUCCCUUUCUGGCUAUUCCCCAAGCAGCCUGAGUCAUGUGGCCACACAGGAUUCAACCUCCUAUGCACCAAUCAUCACGAGACGACACUAAAGCUUCCCAACUCUGAAACAUUCCUCGUCCGAGAUAUCGACUAUCUCCAGCAACGUAUACGCCUCAACGACCCCAAGAACUGCUUAGCCAGACGACUUCUCAGCUUUGACGCUUCAGGGUCUCCUUUCUCUCCUCUCCACCUUCUCAACUACGCCUUCUUGACCUGUCCUAAAGAAGACGUCAAUUCCUCUCUUUACAAACCCAUUCAAUGCCUUGGAAAUUCCACAACCUCCUUCAUCGCCACACGUUUAGACCUCGUGGCUUCGGUGCCACCCUCUUGUAAGAUCUUCAAGAAAUUACUUCUUCCGGUUUCCGAGCCUAUCGCCUACAUGGCAGGAUUCGCCGGUGACCUCAAGGCUAAUUGGAGAUGUGGAUCUGUCAACAACAUUACCCUCCAAGCCCAAUGCUUCAGUUCUGUGAACUCCGGCUCAACCGCUUGGUUUUCGGACACGUGUGGUCACGAUUUGAUUUCCCACGACGGAAGACGGCCUCCUUCAGCUUUCGUGGAGGUACAAGUAGGUGAACAAAAACUAAAAACCGGGAUCUCUACCGGUUCGAACCCGUCGUGGAAUCAAGAUCUCAUCUUCGUCGCAUCGGAGCCGAGUAUUAGAGAGAAGACCUUCAAAGAUAUUACCCAUCUUAAACAACCCGGACCCGUACCGCUUCUGCACUGCGACAUUAAACUGCCGGAUAACCCCCAACCGGCAGGGGAUACUAGGCGGUUCGCAAGCAAACUUAUAGUGAAGCUAGCUACGGAUCAGACCUACCACGUCUUCGACGAAUGCAGCCAAUACUGCAGCGACUAUCGCCCUUUCGCCAAAGGGCUAUGGCCUGGCGUGCUGGGCAAGUUAGAGGUCGGGAUCUUGGGAGCUACAGGGUUAACCCCGAUGAAGAACUCGCAGUUUCAGAGACACGCUUACACUGUAGCCAAGUAUGGGAACAAAUGGGCAAGGACUCGAACCGUGGUCAACAAUGCGUCUCCCAAGUGGAACGAGCAGUGCUCAUGGGAUAUUUACGAGAAGUGCACCGUCUUCACGAUUGGCCUCUACGACAACCAUCAGUUAGUGGUGAAUAGCGGCCUUGAUGAUGUUCCGAUCGGGAAAGUGAGGAUUCCGUUGAGUAAGCUGGACUGGAACAAGAUCUACACGGGCUCGUUUCCGAUCUUGGUGUUGGGGAAAGAAGGGUUGAAGAAAACCGGUGAGAUCCAGCUGGCGAUCCGAUGCGCUAUUCCUCCGCCAGCGUGGUUGUUUUUCUCGCCGUCCUACUUUUUGGCUACGUCUCCUUUCCGUUGGAUGCUGCCGAAGUCUCAUUACAAGGCCCCUUUGGGGCUGCUUCAGUACGAAGACCUGAGGUCGAAAGCCGUUGAGGUGAUAUGUUUUAACUUGAAUAAAACAGUGCCGAAGUUGAGAAACGAGGUGGUCAAGGACAUGUUGAAGCCGAGGAGUAAGAGGUUCAGUAUGAGAAGAACCAUAGCUAAUUUCGAGAGGCUGUGUAGAUUCUUCAUGUGGUUGUAUGGCCCGUAUGCUUGGCUGGAUGCGAAUCUGGUCUCCACGACGGAUGUUGGUCGGAAAGCGGUUACGUUUGGUGUCUGUUUCCUACUUGUUGUUGGCCAUCGCUUUUUUUUGUGGUUGUUGGUGGAUUGGUGGUUAUAUGCGUAUAUCGGUGGGGUUUAUAUUCUUUACCGAGUGUACAAGCUCAGGACCGUAGCGUUUAACAUGAUCAUGAAUCGGAGCAACCCUGCUACUCCUUUGGUUCUGGUGGAUUUGAAGCUGUCGAAGCUGGACUCUCCCAACCUAGACAUAUUAGACGAGGAGUUUGACUCGAUGCCAUCGUCGGAGUCUGACGUGUACGUGCUUAGGAUGAGGUACGAUAGGAUGAGGAAGAUGGGGGAGAAAAUCAUGUUGUUAGUGGGAGAUUUUGCGUCGCAAUGCGAAAGGCUUCAAGCGUCCUGGAGGUUAUGUACCGACCAUAUAGUCGUAGUAAUUUGCUUGGUGUUCCUCGGUUACGGAGUUCUUCGGUUACUCCAGUCUGAGACUGAGUAUGUGUUUAAGUCUGUCCUUCUCCUCUUUAUUUCCUAUUGGCUUAAAUUCCCGUGGCAUCGCUACGGUUUGCCAAGCGCCACCAAGAACUAUAUCAGAAGAUUUUCAUCCCACGAAGACCUCAUCAUCACCUGA